CGAGCCUCGGUCCAUUUUCUCUUUCGGCCAACGCUUCCGUCGUCAACACCUUCAAGUCCCUUUUCUUUGUAUCUACAUCGGUACCUUGGUUAGUGCCCAUCCUCCCUGUUAGCUACGUCGCGACAACAUCAGCAAUUCCCAACCUCCCGCCAUCUCGCCCUCUCACACGACGCGUACGCACUUCCCACUAUCUUAAGAGCAUCGCCAUUCUGCCAUGAUCCCGUGUUGCUGAGGAGGCGGACACUAUAUCAUCAUGCCAAUUCGCGAGGACAUUGUGGCCUCUGCUAUCUCUUUCCUGCGAGACCCAAAUGUUGCCUCCUCGCCCGUCGAGAACAAGAUAACAUUCCUCCAGUCGAAAAACCUCACCCAGGAAGAGAUCGAUGCAGCUUUCGCGCGUACCGGAACCUCCACUUCGGUGACCGCCUCGGCGGCAUCGUCACAGCCUACCUCCUCCCCUGCCCAACAACAGCCGUUCUACGGCCAAUACCAACAACCGCAACCAUACGGAUGGCAACCGCCGCCGCCAGCACCCCCUAAGAGGGACUGGCGCGAUUGGUUCAUCAUGGCCACUGUGAUGGGCGGAGUCGGCUAUGGCUUGUACACUAUCACCAAGCGCUACAUCACCCCCUUAGUCUCACCCCCGACGCCGGAUAGGCUGGACCAGGACAAGGCUCUGGUGGACGAACAGUUUGAGAAGGCGUUCGCGACGCUCGAGCAGCUGAGCAAGGACACGGAAGACCUGAAGGCGUCUGAGAAGGAGCGCACCGAGAAGCUCGACAAGGUCCUCGAGGAGCUCGAGUCGUUCAUGCGUGACACGCGGUCUGCGAGCCGGCGGCAUGACGACGAGGCAGACCGGCUGCGCGAGGAGAUGCGGGCCCUCAAGGGCGUCAUCCCCAAGUCCAUGGCCGCCAACAAGGACUUCACCGACAACCGGCUCAAGGAGAUUACCAACGAGGUCAAGAGUCUCAAGUCGCUCAUCAACCAGAGGAUGACGGCGGCGUCGAGCCCGGCCCCGUCACCUAGCGCGAACAGCUAUCUCCGAACCAUUAGCGGCAAUGCCGCGCCUGCUGUCACCGCCACCGCUGGUGUCGGCAGUGCCGGCCCGACCCCGGGACUCGACGCGGUGAAGGAGAACGGGGACGAGAACACGCCGCAGCCCGCAGGCAGGCAAGAUUACAUCUCCUCGCUGGGCAGCCGGACCAACCCGUUCGUCAGCGGGCCGACCCCUCCCAAAGCCUCCAUCCCGGCCUGGCAGCUGGCGGCGAGUAAGGAUGCGGCGGCCGCCCCCAGCAGCGCCCCAGCCACUCCCUCUGCCACCGCAAGCGGGUCGCAGCCAGAAGCCGGGAGCAGCUCGUAGAUGAGAUAGAUGGCAAUACGUGUUCUUUUUGUCGGGUUUUCUAUAAUGAAGAAAUGGCCAUGAGUAUGUAUAUAUACCUCUGACACCCUUCUUGGUUAACGCGGUCGGAAGGGCCAGGGGGAGGAGAGGCGGAGGCGCGAUAUUGCCAUGAAUAAGCCCCCGACAAGAGAAAACAAUAUCAUCUCCUCAGUCGGGGAGUGCUCGCACACCACCUCUCGCUGUUUUCGCUUCUUCCUACCUCCCUCUCCUCCUACCUCGCCCCCCUCCCCCCCCUCCCGUUCGACAAUGCGAAAAGGAAAGAGGAGUACCUAAUCAAAAGAGCUGAGGGAGACGAAGCAGCAACGGGACCCACACGAGUGUCUGACUACGGGCGGACAGCCAGAAAGGGGGGGAGCAAGGCAAGGUGUACGCUUAUUUGGUCCCAGGGAGGAUAAUAGCCGAGAGUGGACGAGUAAGAGAUGGUGUCUUUUAAUGGUUACAGCUGUUUUUGUCGCGGGCGUAGUAGUAGUAGCCGAUGUUGUCCUUCCGGUUCGGCUUGGUUCAGUCCAUCAAGUCGGCUGGCCAGUCAGUCAGUCAGUCAGUCAGUCAGUCAGUCAGUCAGUCAGUCAGUCAGUCAGUCAGUCAGUCAGUCAGUCAGUCAGUCAG